AUGAGGUCGUGGGUUUGGGAACAUUUCGUUAAGAAAAGUGAAAAUAUCGCUACUUGUAAAAUAUGUGAAAGAGAUAUAAAAAGAAAUGCAUCUUCGACAAAAGCAAUGAUCAAUCAUUUGCUUUUACACGACCUGAAAGAUCCGAUGAAGAAACAAAACGAAAUUGAUUUCAAUGAAGCAAAUGAUUCCCAGCUUCAAGUCAAUUCAACAGACCUUGUAAGUGAGCAGGAUUCGCAAGAUUCUCAAAAUGUUUUGAGCUCUUCUGUGGACGGACAAUUGACUUAUGAGUCAAUGUCAGUGAAAAUGAUGAGGUCGUGGGUUUGGGAACAUUUUCUUAAAAGUGAAAACAUCGCUACUUGUAAAAUAUGUCAAAAAGAAAUUAAAAGAACUGCAUCUUCGACAACAGCAAUGAUCAAUCAUUUGCUUAUACACGACCUAACAGAACCGAUUGUGAAGCGACAGUUGACUGAAAUGCCAAAGCCAGUGAAAAAUUUGAGGUCUUGGGUUUGGAAACAUUUUGUCAAGACAGGUGAAGAUAUCGCUACUUGUAAAAUUUGUCAAAGAGACAUAAAAAGAACUGCAUCUUCGACAACAGCAAUGAGAAAUCAUUUGCUUAUACACGAUCUAAAAGAUCCGAUGAAGCAACAAAACGAAAUUGAUAUCAACGAAACAAGUUCAACAGACCUUGUAAGUGAGCAAGAUUCGCAAGAUUCGGAAGAUUCAGAAGAUUCGCACGAUUCUCAAAAUGUUUCGAGUUCUUUUGUUAACCGCCGCUUGAGGAUGUCAAUGUCAGUGAAAAAUAAAAAGUCAUGGGUUUGGGAACAUUUUGUCAAGAAAGAUGAAAUUAUCGCUACUUGUAAAAUUUGUCAAAGAGACAUAAAAAGAAAUGCAUCUUCGACAACAGCAAUGAGAAAUCAUUUGCUUUUACACGACCUGAAAGAUCCAAUGAAGCAGCAAAAUGAAAUUUAUGUCAACGAAGCUUUCAAUUUCCAGCUUCAAGCAAAUUCAACAAACCUUGACUUCAGCAGAAAUUACAUAAAAAAGGUGAAGAUGAAUGAAAUCAAAAAACCAGCCAAAAUGUUUAAUUCAACUACAAAAGAAGAAAUGAUGGCUUUGAAAAAAAAAUAUGCGGGCGGAGAUACUUUCGAUAUUAACAAUUGUUACUUAUGUGAUGAUCCUCUCGGUCCAUAUCGUAAUAGUUUAAUGACUGUUACUGAUUACACAAAAACUUUCGUCUAUGAGACAAUAGAAUGUUUCACUGGAAAGCUGAUAGAAUCACAUAUGAAGGAUGAUGCCAAUAUCUGUCAAAGCUGUUUCAUUUCAAUCCAGAAAUAUGACGAGCUGCAAAAAGAAUCUGAAAAAAUUCAAAACAAAAUGAUCGAGCUUUAUAACAAAACUCAUUCGAAAAAUAAACUUAAAGUCAAGAAAGAAGAUCCUGAUUUGGUCCUAGAUUUUGAAAACGGGGAAAACAAAGAUUGCCUUAAAUGUAAAAAUUCAUUAAGAACUCUUCUAAAUCAUGAUCAUUCCUCACCUGUGAAGAAAUUUCAUAUUGACUCCUCGAAAAUAUCUGAAAAUUUUAAGAAAGAAGCUCGCAAGAAAGGAAUCAAUUAUAAUUAUGAAAUCUUUCAACGAACUUUCUUUUCUGAGAAUGAAAUCGAUUUACUGAACAAAUGUCGAUCAACAAGACCAAAACCAGCAGUUGGUGAAAGAAAAGAGCCGAGAGACAAGAUUGAAGAAUGCAAUGAGAAAAUAUCGACAGAAUUCUUGGAGGAAGCAAAUAAACAAGGAAUUGACUAUGGCCUUGAAGCAUUUCAACACGCAUUUGGAUACAAUGAAGCAGAAUGUUCAAGACAAGAUAAGAAAGAAAAAAAUGAAAAUCAAAACCAGAAACCAAAAUUGAACCGAAAAACUGUUGACGAAAGUUUUCUCGAAACUAUGGCAGCUAAUGGAAUAAAACAUGGUUUAGAUACGUUUCAAAAAGCUUUUGGUUCUGAUGUUGUCAUGAAAUCAGAAUCAGAUAGAGAAUUGGAGAAAGAAAUUAGAGAGAAUGGAUACACUGAUUGUCCCAUUUGUGGAUUCCGAUUCACUAAUCGUACAAGACUUCAUCGGCAUAUGACGUCGCAUAGACCAAAAGACAAAGAAUUAUAUUGCGAGAAAUGUGCAAGGAGCUUUAAAAAUCAAUCAACAUUACAUUUGCAUUUAGCCACUGAUCAUGGAAGAGCGCAAGGAUCGGUUGAUUGUCCAAUUUGUUUCAAGACAUAUCAAGACACGGCAGCACUCCGAAGUCACUUUUAUACUCACACCCUUGAAAGAAAUUUGCUGUGUGGAAAGUGUGGAAAGACAUUCGCACAUAAGAAAUCUUUUGAAAUGCAUAUGCUGGCACAUGAUGAUGUCAGACCAUUCCCCUGUACUCAUGAAGGAUGCUCAAAGAAAUUCCGAGCGAAAAAUAAAUUAGUGAUACAUCUCCGUGUUCAUACUGGCGAAAAGAUCUUUGAAUGUCCGCACUGUCCUGGCAAGCGUUUUUCACAGAAAUGGGGAAUGGAUUUGCACAUUAAGAAACAACACAAAAACAUUGUCCCGUCAUCAGAAGUUUGUCGGAUUUGCAAUAUUAAAAUCCAAAAUAAAUCUAAAUUAAGACUUCAUUUAAUAAACAUUCAUCAAGUUGCUGAUGAUGCUGACGACAACAUUGAAAUGAGAAUGACUUGAAAAAUUUGAUGUCAAAUAUAAAUUUUGAUAAAAUGAAAUGAUUUAUAAUUCCGAAAUAAAUGUUUUUGAAUGAAAAGUUUUGCAAUUUAAUUAAAUUAUUUUAAUUGCCAUUUCAGUAUCUG